UGUGUCAGCUGUUCGAUGUUGUGACCAAUCGUUGUUGUACUGUCCGUGAAAAUUACGCAUAAAUAAAUGAAAAAUUGAAUUUGGAAGGGAAGAUGGACCAACCGGAUGACCAUUUUCGCUACAUACACAGCUCCUCCCUCCACGAACGGGUCCAAAUCAAAGUUGGGACGCUCGAGGGGAAAAAACGACAACCAGAUUAUGAAAAACUUCUGGAGGAUCCAAUUCUGAGGUUCUCGGGACUCUACUCCGAGGAACAUCCUUCGUUUCAGGUGCGCCUCCAGGUGUUCAAUCAGGGAAGGCCCUACUGCUUACCUGUUACCAGCUCGUACAAGGCCUUCGGCAAGCGAUGGAGCUGGAACGAGUGGGUGACGCUGCCCCUUCAGUUCUCCGACCUGCCCCGGAGCGCAAUGCUAGUCCUUUCCAUCCUGGAUUGUUCCGGAGCUGGCCAAACCACGGUCAUAGGCGGCACCUCCAUCUCGGUUUUCGGGAAGGACGGCAUGUUCCGACAGGGAAUGUACGACUUGAGGGUUUGGCUGGGCGUUGAGGGCGAUGGUGGUUUCCCCAGUAAGACCCCCGGCAAGGGUAAGGAGUCCUCCAAGUCCCAAAUGCAGCGUCUCGGAAAAUUGGCCAAAAAGCACCGGAAUGGCCAGGUCCAAAAGGUCGACUGGCUGGAUCGUCUGACCUUCCGCGAAAUCGAGGUGAUCAAUGAGCGGGAGAAGCGCAUGUCCGACUACAUGUUCCUUAUGAUCGAGUUUCCCGCCAUAGUUGUGGAUGAUACUUAUAAUUAUGCGGUGGUCUAUUUUGAACCGGAGGGCGAUGUCAAGUACAAACUGCCAGCUAAACCCAAGCUGGUUUCCGUACCCGACUCGGAGAUUCAGAUGGAGAAUUUAGUGGAAAGGAAGCACCAUCGCCUAGCGCGUUCCGAGCGCUCGGGCAUUUCCGAUAGGGAUGCUAAGCCCACGGCCAGCAUUCGGGAUCAGUUACACACCAUUGUGUACAGGUAUCCAUCGACAUACGUACUGAGCAGCGAGGAGCAGGACAUGGUCUGGAAGUUUCGUUUCUAUUUAUCUUCCCACAAGAAGGCGCUGACCAAGUUCCUCAAGUGCAUCAACUGGAAGCUGGAGGAUGAAGUGACGCAAGCUCUAUGGAUGCUGGCCAAUUGGGCGCCCAUGGACGUCGAGGAUGCCCUGGAAUUGUUGAGCCCCACGUUUACUCAUCCGCAGGUGCGAAAGUAUGCAGUCAGUCGAUUGGCUCAGGCUCCGGACGAGGACCUACUCUUGUAUCUGCUGCAAUUGGUGCAAGCUCUGAAGUACGAGGAUCCUCGCCACAUCAACCAUCUUCACGGCUGUAUAUUCCCCGAUCGCGAUGUCGUGCGGUCUAUGCCGGAUGAUAGCUGCUCGCAGCUGGACCAGAGCAGUCUCUCGGAUCUCAGUGCCACCAGCAGCGGCCUGCAUGCCUCUGUGAUUCCUGCGAAUCAACGAGCUGCUAGUUUCCUGGCUGCCAUCAAGGCUGACAAGUCCCUGAGCCCCGGAUCAGCGGGCGGUAGUGGCGGAUCAGUGAUUGCGGCUGGUCCCUCAGUUCCUGGCACUCCUGGUGGCAGUUCCCUGCCCUGCGACUCCAACUCUAAUGCCCUGAUGCUGGCCGAUGGCAUCAGCUUUGGCAGUGUUCCCGCAAAUCUCUGCACAUUCCUGAUUCAGCGCGCCUGCACAAAUGCCACGCUGGCGAACUACUUCUAUUGGUAUUUGUCGAUCGAGGUGGAGGAGACGGAGUCCGUGAGAAAGCAGGACGAGCGGGCCCACCACAUGUACGAAAUGGUUCUGAACAUGUUCCAAAAGGUUCUGGAGAAUGGAAACUUUGAACUGAGAGGCAUCUACUACCAUCUUAAGAAGCAGCGUCGGUUCAUCGACGAGCUGGUCAAGCUGGUCAAGUUGGUGGCCAAGGAGCCGGGCAAUCGCAACAAGAAAACUGAAAAGUUCCAAAAGCUUCUUGCCGAGCAGGACAGCUUUAAGGUGAACUUUACCAACUUUGAACCGAUUCCCUUCCCCCUAGACCCGGAGAUCUAUAUUACCAAGAUUGUCCCGAUGCGGACUACUCUCUUCAAGAGUGCUCUUAUGCCAGCCAAGCUGACUUUCGUCACGAACAUUGCCCAGCACGAGUACGUGGCUAUUUUCAAGCACGGCGACGAUCUCCGCCAGGACCAGCUCAUCCUGCAAAUGAUAACCCUGAUGGAUAAGUUGUUGCGCCGGGAAAACCUUGACUUGAAGCUGACUCCCUACAAGGUGCUGGCCACCAGCCCGAAGCACGGCUUCCUGCAGUACAUUGACUCCUGCACGGUGGCGGAAGUCCUGGCUCGCGAAGGAAACAUCCACAACUUCUUCCGGAAACACCACCCCUGUGAUAACGGGCCCUAUGGUAUUUCCUCGGAGGUAAUGGACACCUACAUCAAGAGCUGUGCCGGCUACUGUGUCAUCACCUAUUUACUCGGCGUUGGGGAUCGUCAUCUGGACAACCUACUGCUGACCACCAACGGCAAGCUGUUUCACAUUGACUUCGGGUACAUUUUGGGCCGCGAUCCCAAGCCCAUGCCCCCGCCCAUGAAGCUCAGCAAGGAGAUGGUGGAAGCCAUGGGCGGAAUCAGUUCGGAGCACCACCAUGAGUUCCGGAAACAGUGCUAUACGGCGUACUUGCAUCUGCGCCGGCACGCCAAUGUGAUGUUGAACUUGUUCUCGCUGAUGGUGGACGCCACAGUUCCAGACAUCGCUCUUGAGCCCGACAAGGCUGUGAAAAAGGUGGAGGAGAACCUCCAGCUGGGAUUGACGGACGAGGAGGCGGUUCAGCAUCUGCAAAGUCUACUGGAUGUGUCGAUUACGGCCGUAAUGCCGGCACUGGUGGAGCAAAUACAUCGGUUCACCCAAUAUUGGAGGAAGUAGAAAGCUACUGGAAGUAGUCGGGAUUACUUUUAGAGUAUGUUUCGUCCAUUGUUUUAGUGAAUUGUAACCCCAGGAAUUGGACGCAACAUACUGUUCUUCAACUUGUACCCUAAUUGUAAGAUAUGUUAGUCGUAGGAAACCUGUAUGUAUCAGUCUGUCUUUUGGAACUUAAUAUAAUCCCUAACUGUUUUUUGUCCCACUCGA